CUUCCCAGAACAAAGGAAGAUGUCCAAUGAACAGAGGUUGAUGCGAGAACUCACGGAGGAGUACGAGACUUCAGUGAGACCUGUAUACAGCGCCGCGGACGCAGUGGACAUUGGGCUCGGCUUGACCCUGACACAGAUUCUGGACUUGGACGAGAAAAACCAAGUGUUGACAACGAACGUGUGGCUCGAGGCGGAAUGGUACGACGAGAGACUGAACUGGAACUCGAGUCUGUACGGCGAUAUCACCUCCAUCAGGAUCCCAUGUGAGAAAAUAUGGCUGCCAGACAUCGUACUGUACAACAGCGUUGAUGAUUACACAUCCGGGUACAUGCCGAGCCUCGCUAUGGUGUAUAAUGACAGCCGGGUGUUCUGGGGGCCGGUUGUCAGGUUCCGCAGCUCGUGCAAGAUCGACAUCACAUUUUUCCCCUUCGACGACCAGCUGUGUAAACUAAAGCUUGGAUCGUGGGCCUAUAACGGUUUCCAGGUUGACGUUUGGAAUCGAUCCGACACCAUGGAUCUCUCCAACUUCGUCGACAACGGCGAAUGGGAACUGAUAGGAGUCAAGGUCCAGCGCAACGUCGUGAUAUACAACUGUUGCGACGAACCCUUCCCGGAUGUGACGUUUUACAUCCAUCUGCGCAGGCGCAUCAAGUACUACUUCAUGAACAUCAUCAUUCCCUGUAUCAUAUUGUCGUUCCUGUGUCUGGCCGGCUUCCUGCUGCCCCCCGAGAGCGGGGAGAAGAUCACCCUCGGGCUCUCAGUCCUCCUCACCAUCACCGUCUUCAUGCUCAUGGUGGCCGACAAGAUGCCGCAGACCUCCGAGUCAAUAUCAGUUAUUAGUAUAUAUUUGAUGGUUGUCCUGGCAACCAGCUGCCUGUCGGUCUUGUCCUCGGUGCUUGUCCUCGGCAUCCACCACCAGCGAGGACAGCCUAAGCACGUGCCGCACUGGCUGAAGAUCGUCAGCUUCAGCAUCCUUUCACCCGUGCUCUGCAUUAAAAAGCCAGCCCAACAUGUCAAGAGACGUCGGCAAGCCAACAAGGACAAGAAAACCUCUAAGAAGUGUCGCGUCGCCAUGGAAGAACAGGAGUUUGUGAAACUCGACCCACCCAAACCGGAUUCUAUAGAGCAAAUAGAAACGCCACCUAUGGAAGCAAGGGGAGGUCAGUCGUUGGAACGUCCCGUGCCAACCGUCAUGGAAUGUGUGUCGUCAAAUAAUUAUAGUUCUGUAGUGAGACAGCUGAUGAACCUCAUCCAUAAAAAACAUCUCGAUGAGUUGAAAGAGGACGAGAUUUUCCGAGAAUGGCGAGACGUUGCCUAUGUGCUGGAUAGGCUGCUGUUUGUGGUGUUUCUCUUCGCGACAGUCAUAUCGACCGUCUUCAUCCUGGAGAUGCGACCCGACACCAAGAAAUUCGACUCCAUCUGAGACACGUUUUUGUCUUUAUGUCGUGUUAUUGCAACAUGCAAUCGUUGCUACAGUGUGUUCUGUCAUGAGAUGCACCUGAAUCAACACGUGGGACAUUGGUAAUCGAACUCCCUCAUUCGGAGCAACUUCGGGAGUUUCCGUGACUCUCCGUACAGGGAGAUAUAUAUAAUAUCACAUGGAGAUCUUGUGAUAUAUAACUUCACAUUCCGUUCAUGGUUGUAUAUGAGAGAGCGUGUAUAGUCUAGUCCUGAGUGAGGUGUCGUGAGGUAGUACCCAAUCAUGAGAUUUGGCGUCUAGUUGUCUUUUGAACUAUAAAUGGUUUGGUGGAUGGCAUUCUAUAUACUGUAACCCCGUCAAUAUGGACAGUGAUAUUCAUCAAAUAAAGUUUGGUUUAGGGACCCUCAAUGCUAGUAGACUUCGAAAACAAAUGUCAGUUUUCACAUGAAAUGCACACACAGACGGACACGCACGCGCACUCAUACACACACGAUCACAGAAUCAUGCAUACAAACAUUCACACAUAAAUUAUCAGUAAUAUUUGUAUAAUUACGUAUGAACGUUGUUCCUCAACAAUAUGUCCGUGAGGCGGGUUUUCUGACACCCAAUGGACAACUGUUCUUCAAUGUCCUAAUGAUAACCAUUCCAAUUAUUCAUAUCAUGGGGAGAUAUGUUUCAGAGCAGCAAGCAUGCCAUUAUGUUGUUUACUGAUCCUCACCAGAAAACGCUGUUAAUAUGUCGGAUACAAACUCGUCGCCAGCCGAUGUGUCCGGACACCUCUUCCCCAACUCACAUAAUAUGACAUAUAUAUCUGAUUUUGUUUUAUUUAGGUGACGGGAGUAAUCUGCUUCCAUAUUAGGAUGAGUCACGUGGUGUCGUCAUUUCCGGCACGUGUGUCAUGUGUGUAUGAUGGCUGUAUCUAGUAAACUAACCUGGAAAACGUG